AUGUACAUCCGAAAGAACCUCCUCGUCUUGGCCCUCUGCCUCUCCACCCUCGGCCUCGCCUCGCCCACCGCCUGCCCAAUGGACGGCUCCAACACGUCGCACAAGACAUCACACAAGACGUCACACAAGACGUCCCACAAGACGUCCCACAAGGGCGGCUCCAAGAGCGAUAAAGCGCAUGCGCCCAAGGGUACCUCAACCCCGGGUUCUGGAUCCGGUGGCGGUGGUGGUAGUGGUAACGGGACGAAUACGGAGCUGCAGACCACGUUCCCGAAGCCCAAGGGGUCAAAGAACAUUGCCGCUGUGAAGAUCAUUGCCGCGGGCGAGACCUUUGACGGCGGGAUGGUGAUGUGGGAUCGGAGCCCGAGUACCUGCCGCGGCCAGACCGAGGGCGGGGACAAGGACGCCGUGUUCCUUCUUGAAGAAGGGGCUACGAUUAGUAACGUUAUGAUUGGGCCUAAUAAUGGUGAGGGUAUUCACUGCAAGGGCAGCUGUACCGUCAACAACGUCUGGUUCCAAAAAGUAUGCGAAGACGCCAUCACCUUCCGCCAGGCCUCGGGCACAUCCUACGUCAACGGCGGCGGCGCCCAGGACGCCGAGGAUAAAGUCCUGCAGCACAACGGGGCCGGGACCGUGGCCGUCAAGAACUACUUAUGCUUGAACUGCAGCAAAAUGUACCGGAGCUGUGGCAACUGCAAGAGGCAGUUUGCACGGCUCUCGACGUUUGACAAUAUCCGGCUCGACGGCGGGAAAGUCCUGUCGGGCGUCAACGGGAACCAGAAGGACCAGACCACCAUCCGGGACUCAUGCAUCCUGGGCGGCGCAAAGGUGUGCCAGAACUUUGAGGGGAAUGAUAGCGGAAGCUCAAUUACUCCACGGCCGUGUACUCACUGCUGGGCUACGACGAGCCCGCGGACGUCCGCACGAGGGACAUCGAGAUCGACCACCUCCCCGAGCAUACAUCGGGGUACAACCGCUAUCGGUCGGGGGGCCCGGGUUUUCCUGUUCUGCGAAAUCAUCUUUGACUUGUUCAACGGCACCCGCGCCGCGACGCUGCGCAACGUCAUCGAAUACCAGCUCGCUCGCCCGCUCGACUUCGCCCCUAGCAACAUCACGGAGAUCCCUUACCUCGACGUUUUGAAGGACAACAUCCUCGGCGAUCUGGAUGUGCGGCUGUAUGAGACUGCAGCGGAGAAGCACGUCUACGACCGUAUCGUCGAGGAAAGCAAGUCCAGGGGCUGCGACCCGCGAGCCCAGGCGUACCGCCUGGUCCCCGGCCCCAACUGCGGCGACGGGGCCAUCAAGGAGGGGUUUGUAGACUAG